AUGCUGUUGGACUCCUCCCAGCUGUCAUCGUCAUCGUCAUCGUCGUCAUCACCGCCGUUGUACGGCCAACAGCAGAUCGUCUUCCGCACUCGCGGCAGCGCAUCGGCCAUGCGGCACGGGCCGUCGAUGGCAGGGCCAGUGCCAUCACUGUCUGCGUUUUCUUACCUUUCUACGAAUCAAUACUUUUUCCUGCAAUACUACCUGGAGCGGCUGAGUAAUGUGCUAGUAAAUGCCAACAGCGAUUCUAACCCACUCAAAUCGCUCAUCUUGCCGCGCAUCGCCUCGUCGAAUCUACUGCUGGACGCCAUCUGCGCCACGGCGUCGCUGCACCGGUCCAGCGCCUCUGAUGCGGAUCCGUUGGCGUAUUCGGACGCAACGCGGUACUACGUUCGUGUGUUGUCUGCGGUGCGCGAUUUGAUUCCCCAAGUGACGAAUUCGACCUCAAAGUCGCCAAAAUCGGGCAGCAGGGGGGGCAUGAUGAUGAUAUCCGAUGGUGAAUCAAGUCCGGGCAGCAGCAAAGGCAGUAGGAGCAGUAAGAAUAGCGACAAGAACAGCAAGGCCAAGAAGAAAACGGCGGCGGGUGUCGAGGACGUCGAAAUGGCUGAGAUGGCCAUCCUGGCGUCCAUCUUCCUCUGCAAGUACGAGAUUAUCAAGGACGGCGUGGAGAGCUGGCGCCUCCAUCUGAAAGGCAUCGAAUCUUUAUGCCGGUCACUGAGUCCCGAGCAGACGGCUUCCAUGGCCAACACGCUGGCCUAUGUCCGUAGUUUCAUGUCGUAUCAUAAAAACAUUGCGCGCAUCACCGAAUAUGCGCCGCAUUCAACAGGAGAGGAGUUUGAGCAUGAGCCAUUCGAACUGGGCAAGCUAUUCCCCGUAGACCCGUACAUGGGAUUCUCCCAGAGUCUCAUCAUCCUGCUGGGCCGGGUCAGCAACCUGCUCGUUAUUAACACGAGAGACGGGCCACACGAGCUAAGGCUAGAAAUAGAGACAAUAUUGAGCCUGCUUGCCAGGAGAAGCUGGGACGCAGACCGCUUCGCCAUCCCUGAAGGCAUGGGCAUGUCGACGAUUGAAAACUCAACCACCAUUGCUGAGGCAUACUACUGUGCCAUCAUUGCCUGUAUUCAUGCCGUGCUCGAAGUUGUAGCCGAGAGAGAGGCUGCAGCCGCCAUCUCACCCAUGGCCAUGGCUGAGGAACAAUUUCAGUUUGGGUCUCCUCCAUUACAGCCUUCAUCACAGACCUUUAUCGACUGGGCAUCCCUACAUGCCCUCCUUCCUAUAGCUAAAGCCGAUGCUCUAACGGAAUGUCUUGCCGGCAUAGCACGGGUACCGCUUGGAGCCCCGGAGGAGGCCGGCCUUUUGCCGCUACUCUUCAUCGUGGCGUGCGAGACGACUCGAGAGGAUCAGGCCCAUGAGGCUCUGCUCAGGGUCGAAGCUCUAGGGAGCCACAUUGGAUUAGGAAACGUUAGAUGUGCGAGUGAGUUGCUGAAACAGGUGUGGUUAAGGCGGUCGACGCAGCGAGACUUUCAUGAUUGGCGAGGACUGUUGGCGCAGCUGCAGUGGGAUCUAAUCAUUACCUGA